GGCAGAUCGCACACUUCAGGACAGCGGAGCCCGUGAGAUUUUGCACUUCUGGAAUCCAAGCUGCUGUCACAGAGGGAGAAACAGAGCAGACAGAAGUUGCCAUGGAGUCUCCGUCAGCCCCUGCCCGAAGAGGGCGUGUCCCCCAGCAGGGGCUCCUGCUGGCCAUCUCACUGUUAACCUUCAGGAGCCCACCCAGCACUGCCCAACUCACUGUUGCGUCGACCAGUGCUACUGAAGGGAAGGAUGUGCUUCUCCUUGUCCUCAACCUGCCUGAGAAUACUGCAGGCUAUUCCUGGUUCAGAGGGGCAAGUACGGACAGCAAACAUGGAAUUGGAGCAUUUUCAAUAGAGACUCAAAAACUUCACCCCAGGCCUGCACACAGCAGAGAGACAAUAUACCCCAAUGGAUCCCUGCUGUUCCAGAAGGUCACCCUGAAUGACACAGGAUACUACACCAUAGUUGUCACAAAAAAGGAUUUUCUGACUGAAAAAGCAACUGGCCAGCUCACUAUAUAUCGGCCAGUGACCUACAAGGCCUCACAGAGCACCGACCCCCAGCACCCACCCCUGGCCAGGGUCCCUCUGGAGCCUCCAUCUCCCUGGGCCCCCUCCCCGGCCCCAGGACAGCCAGCCCCAUCUAUGAGGACUUGCUGCACCCGAGCUCAGACGUGUACUGCCGCAUCAGCCCCAGAGCCGACGGGGCCUCCUAGUUCCUCCGGGUCCUGCUCCUCCAGGGCUGUGGGAGGGACAGCCUGAGGCCCAGACCCUGGGGGGCCGGGAACUGCAUCCUGAGCCAGAGAACCAGCCCUGAGCCCAGAGGAUAUUCAGGGACCUUGGCCUGAGGUCAGGGUCCCUCUUGAUUACUGAUGACCCAGACUGGA